AUGUCGACCUCAACGCCCAUCCAACAGUUCCGAGUCCAACACCAAAACGAGAUCUUCAACGUAGAAUCGUACUAUCAUAAAGACACCGGCGAACACCUCGUCGAACUGGAUGAUAUGGAGGUUAUCCUCGAACAGUCCAACCGCUUCGCCACCGAGGCAAGAAUCAGCGCGGUUUUCAUCUACGGACAAACCGUGCAUGUUGCCCUGGACCAGAGGAAAACCCCGAUGUUUCCGCUGUCGAUAGUCUUGAGACCGAACGAUAUCCUAGAUGUCACCUUGGAAGCCCUCUCGCCGGCCAUUGAGCAGAAUGAACAGUUUCCCUCACCACCAAUGACGCCUCCUUCUCCUGUGAACGCAGACCUCAUAGGUGAUACGUCGGUAUCACCAGGGGCACAAGCCCUUGCGAACAGGUUCGUCUGGAAGAUGAUGGCAAGUCACCACCAGCGUCAGCUGCAUCGCGGUCGUCUGUCGGACAGGUACACCGAUGCCCAACUUGAAGGCAUCUCACGCAGCCUCAGCCAUGCACACCGAGAAAAUGAGAUUACCGAACUCAAGAACCUCAUCCGCCAAGGUGCCCAACAUACAGACAUGCGAUUCGAUCAAAUGGCCCAACAAUUCCAACAAAACACCCAGCACAUCCAGCAGGAUAUCCAGCAAGGAAAACAGGAAAUCCUUCAACGCCUCGGUCUCGUCCAACAGCAAGUUCAGAGUAUCCAGAGGCAGAACUAUGAGCUGUUUGAGUUUACCACCCCACGUCUGUUCAUCAUCCUGCCAAUGAAGGAACAAGGUUGCUUCGUCAAGAAGUUCAGGAUCUACUUUCUGUGCGAGUGUGAUGACCACCAGGGCUGGACCCAUCGAGGCGACUCUCAAGUGCAUGUCGCCAACCACGGAGGAUACGAAUUGGAGCGCCCCACCGAGUUCUUCCGCAAGUACGGCAAGCAGGUCGUCAAGUUUAUGAACUUUCUCAAGUAUGCUGUCAUGGCCGCAGGAGUCGCCGUCCCGGUCCUUGCCCAUGCUGGGUUCAUCGAGGGGCUCGACAACGCCACGAAGUUCAUUCACGAUAUUUCAGAGGAUCUUGUUGACAAGGCCGACUUUGUCAUUGACCACCUCAAGGUCAUUGGCGAAUGUGAUGUCACCACCUCGUCAGAUCGUCCUCGCAGUCACGUCUUAGGACAAGAUAUCCUGAGCUCCGUCGAGCCUCUGACAGGACCCGAACUUCGCCAACUUCAAUCGUUCCUGCGCGCCAAAGACGGUGACAACGUCUACGCCAACCUCCACAAGAUCGUCACCCCCGAGGGCCAUGUCCGAUGGGUUUGCGCGCAUCAUAGGCAGGAAGCUGAGCGACCCAAAUCGAUGGCCACACUGCACGAAUUCCUCAAGCGAGCUGGUGGGCACUUCGAUAUCGACACUGGGGUCCUUGUCAUGUUCUUGUCAACAAGACAGGAUGCAAGGGAGCUCUAUGGUUACAUUCGGAAGUUCAAGUUUAUUCACCAACUGACUGUUUCCUUCGAAUGGCAGAUCUUGGAGAGCGACUUGAUCGAGCUGAAGGAUGCCAUUGCCGCAUCCAGUAUUCGUCACCUAGACCUCGAUGGCGAGAGGUACAAUGGCUCGUGGGAUCCAGUCCUUACCAUCAUGGCCAUUCCCAAACUCCAGGUCCUUUCGGUCAAAAAGUUCAGAGGAUUCCUUCAGAACGCUACCUGGCGGCCCAAGGACGUCCAGCUCCGGUCCCUCGAUUUUAACGACCAGCCCAUCACGGACGCAACCGCGCAGAAGGUUAUUGUGGCCUGCCCUUUCUUGGCCACCUUAACUCUCUCGACCACCGACAUUAAAUCGACAUUCGACAACGUCCGCCGUACCGCCGAGCAACAUGGGUAUCUCGCUACCUUGACUAUCAGGCAGUCGGAUCCCUCACAACCUUCGAAUGCCGAUAAGCCCUCGGUCGCUUACUACUUUGACAAGGGCCAGCGCAACGUCCUCUCGGCCACCCUGACAUUGCGGACCCAGUUCUAUGGCAACCUUAUUCAGCUGCCAAUGAUCAAAAAGGUGGUCUAUCGGCCGAUUGUAUCAAGUGAACAACGCGUUUACGAUAAGGCCAAACAGACGGCGCUGAUGCUCGUGAAACGAUUCACGGAGAUGGAGUCGUUCGAGUACCAGUGCCACUUCAAUCACUUCCGCGACCUUUACACCGCGAUCAAGCAGCAGCACUUGGCCAUCAGGGAGCAACCUUAUCAGAUCUCUGUUCUCCGCCGCGUCAAAUUAGUCGAUGAGCAUGGCAGCUUUCUCACCUCCCAGAACAUCCAGGACCAAACUGCGACCCGGUACAACUAUGAAGAGACCUCUCGUCUAGUCCAAGAUGGAGCUCCUGAUCAUUGGGGCGGCGGCUUACAGCGUGAUCCGCAUGGGACGUUGAGGGGGUCCAUUGGUGCACAACGACCCCAGGAGUCUAUACAGCGAGCUCAAUUUGGCGGAUCUGUUAACCACGGACGACUUGUAUCCACGCCAGCACAUAUCCCUUAUGCCCUGCCCAUCUAUACUACGAUCGAUCCCGGACCGCCACUUUCAGUACCCACAGUUCGCAGUCAAGGUUCAGUCGGCCUCCAAUUGGCCCCGUCUUCUACUGAGGGCGAUGGCAGUCGUAUGAGGACGAUGGUCUUCGACACUUUCCUCACAUACCCUCGCGUCCGGGAGAUUUACGACUCGAUCUGUGCACAUGGUCACUCCGCUCUCGAAAGAAUGAUCUGGGACAUUACCGAUCUGAACAAUGUCGGGAUCCUCAAAGUUAUCUUGGCCAUUCUCGCACAGACAUCUAAUCGGUCGGGGAAACCCGCUACCGAGAUCAGGAUCCGUCUGGUGUCUGGCAUGAGCAACCCUGUAGGUGGAGGCGGUGGUGGUGGAGGAGGAGGAAUUGGAGAGGGUAACAUCAACAAUUUCCGCCAGCCCGGACUAAGCAAUCUGUUGAGCAGUGCCGACAGGAGCUAUCUCUGUAUCCUGUUCACGACGCAUGUGACGCGACUGGAGCUAUUUGGACGGGAUCUGGACACGUUCUUGCCGAGGCUUUGUGAAUCGUAUGACUGGACGAUGAGUGAGUUGAGGGAGCUUGUGGUGGAUGGAAAGAAUAACCAUCUUAACAAGACGAGUCUUGACUAUCUUCGAGAUAUCGUCAGCCGCGGUCCUGACGAUUCCACCGCAGGCAUAAAGACAUUGAAGCCAGCACAACCGUUACAACUACUCAUCAUCCAAAACAUGCGCCUCUUCGACGUCCAAUGGUCUCAACUCCUCACCUCCCUCGACUGGCUCACCCUCCGGCACAUCAGCUUCCGUGGCUCGGAUUUCAAACACGGACAGCUGGUCGAGCUUCAAACAGCAGUGAUCCAGCUAGUAGAACGGUGCCGAGAGAAGCAGCGUGUAUUGUCGAUGGACAGGCUGAGUAGUAGGGAUGCGGUGAUGAUUGCGGAUCUGAGGGUGCGUCAGAACGGGGAUGCACAUUUGUUGGUGUCGUUGUAUGAGACGAAUGUGACGGUGGACCAGAUCCAGGAGGCCCAGGAGAAGUUGUAUAAGCGGGGGAUCCACUGGUGCUUUUUUACGUUGAGCGACCUUUGA